GUGAUGCAGCAGGGCAGCUGCUGGCCCAGCAUGUCUGUCCCAGGCCCCCUCCCGCCCAGUGUGUCACAACAGCGGAGGCGGCUGUAUCUAGAGCAGUUGGGGUGGGCAGGCCCAGCUGGGAGGCGAGCCGGCGAGGAGAGCAGCAGCCAUGCGGGAGUGCAUAUCAGUCCACGUGGGUCAAGCAGGAGUUCAGAUUGGCAAUGCCUGCUGGGAGCUCUUCUGUCUGGAACAUGGCAUCCAGGCAGAUGGCACCUUUGGUGUCCAGGCCAGCAAGGUCAACGACGAUGACUCAUUCACCACCUUUUUCAGUGAAACUGGCAAUGGGAAACAUGUGCCUCGGGCUGUCAUGGUAGAUCUGGAGCCUACUGUAGUAGAUGAAGUUCGGGCAGGAACCUACCGUCAGCUCUUCCAUCCAGAGCAGUUGAUCACAGGGAAGGAGGAUGCAGCUAACAACUAUGCCCGGGGCCACUACACAGUGGGCAAGGAGAGCAUCGACCUGGUGCUGGACCGCAUACGGAAGCUGACAGAUGCCUGCUCUGGCUUGCAGGGCUUUCUGAUCUUCCACAGUUUUGGAGGGGGCACUGGCUCUGGUUUCACUUCUCUGCUGAUGGAACGACUCUCCCUAGAUUAUGGCAAGAAGUCCAAGCUAGAGUUUGCUAUCUACCCAGCCCCUCAGGUCUCUACUGCAGUGGUGGAGCCCUACAACUCCAUUCUGACCACCCACACCACACUGGAACAUUCAGAUUGUGCUUUUAUGGUGGACAAUGAAGCCAUCUACGACAUCUGCCGCAGGAACUUAGACAUUGAACGCCCCACCUAUACCAACCUCAAUCGCCUCAUCAGCCAGAUUGUGUCCUCCAUCACUGCCUCUCUCCGCUUUGAUGGGGCCCUUAAUGUGGACCUCACUGAGUUCCAGACCAACCUGGUGCCCUACCCCCGCAUCCACUUCCCACUGGUCACUUAUGCACCCAUUAUAUCUGCUGAGAAAGCCUAUCAUGAACAACUCUCUGUGGCUGAGAUAACCAGCUCCUGCUUUGAGCCCAACAGCCAGAUGGUGAAGUGUGACCCAAGACAUGGGAAGUACAUGGCCUGCUGCAUGCUCUACCGGGGGGACGUGGUACCUAAGGAUGUGAAUGUCGCUAUUGCCGCCAUCAAGACCAAGAGGACUAUUCAGUUUGUAGAUUGGUGUCCCACAGGCUUUAAGGUGGGCAUCAACUAUCAGCCACCCACUGUGGUGCCAGGAGGGGACCUGGCCAAAGUCCAGCGGGCUGUUUGCAUGCUGAGCAACACAACUGCAAUUGCGGAGGCCUGGGCCCGCCUGGACCACAAGUUUGACCUCAUGUACGCCAAGCGGGCCUUUGUGCACUGGUAUGUUGGAGAGGGAAUGGAAGAAGGAGAAUUUUCUGAGGCCAGGGAGGACCUGGCUGCUCUGGAGAAGGAUUAUGAAGAAGUGGGGACUGAUUCAUUUGAAGAAGAAAAUGAAGGGGAGGAGUUUUAAAUAGAACACUUUCCCCUUGGCUGUGUCUCUUUAUUUAUGCUUCUCCACUCAAAGCACAUUUAACUAUUCCAAGAAUAAUAGACUACACUCCUAAGCCCAGCCUAAUUUCUGUUUUCCAUUGGAAGAGGCAUCUGACACCAGUGCCUGGGCGAAAAUCGAGGCUAAGCUGUUCAGACCCUCCCUUGGGCAAAAGUAGCUUUGUGCCACUAAAAAAAAAGAGAGUCACUGUCUCUAGGUUAGGGUGAAGCAGGUUAUAUGUUGUGAAGAGGCCUAAUCAGGAUUUUAAAUGCUUAAUUAGUCUGGGCCCACCCCAAAAUGCAGCCUACUGUCUGUGGAGGGAUCUGAGCAUUGGAAGAUUUCAGGAAGAGAGUGGCACUUUUAGAGAGUAAGAAGACAGACACAUUUCUUGCCCUUGUAAAAACACAAAUAAAUGAAUGAAUUCAGGUAGUGUUAACUGAUGUAAAGUUAAAAAAAAACAAACAAACCGUGAUGAGGGAAAAAGUGUCUGGGAGUGCUCCUUUAACCUGGGUGGUCAGAAAAGGCCCCUUGGAGACCUGUGCAACAGAAGAGAGCAUCAUUUGAAAUUCUGGAGUUAGAGAAUGCUGGACAUAGAGCAAAACACAGAUGUGGGCUUAUUGUGAGAUGGAGAUGAGAUCCGAGAACCAAGCUGGGGCCAGAGCGUACUUAGUCUUAUAGACCACGGUAAGGUGUUCAGAUUUUUCUCUAAGUGAAAAAAAAAUUUGGAAGGUUUAAAGCGGGAUAUAAUAUACUUUAUAUAUGUACAUAUCUUAUCUCUAAUCCUCCCAACAAUCUCAAAUGGAUAUUCUGCUCAUUUUAUAGAUGAAGAAACUGGGGUUUACAGAGUUGAUAUAUUGCACAUAGUAAGAAGAGCUCAGAGAGCAGAGACUACUAAUUCUAUUCUCUUUUGUCUACCCUACACUGUUUCUAUGCCUUGGUAUCUGUGUCCAGGUUUCAAUUGCUGCUUCAUAGAAUGAUGGAUGGAGGAGAAAUAAAAGUCUAUAACACUUGCAAAAGAGAGGAUGAAUUAAUGCAUCUUUUCUCUGAAGUUGGCAGCUCUGGUAGGAUUUUAGGAAAAUCAAAAAACUGUUCUGAUGAAGCUACUAUUGAUAAAAUACCCAGGGUUGGAACCAUAGUAGGUCCCUGUGUUUUAAAUGUAAAUUUUGUUAAUUAUUGAUUUUCCCUAAUUUUUAUUGUAUAUUCCUUGGAAGCCCUGAGAAAAAUAGAAUAAAAUGGUCCAAGAAAAGGGAGUUUAGGUAAGAAAUAAUGCUAAUCACUGUUAGAAGAUUGUUUUCAGAAAGCACACUUUCUUGCUCUUCUAAGAAGGAGAUAAUGGUGAAAAAAAAAAAAAAAAAAGGUCCAGAUCUCCUGUCCAUUCUGACCUCCCUUACCUGAGAUCAUUCCUGCACCAAGUACCAUAGGUACUUGCAUAGACAAAUUUAUUAGAAAAUUGUAUUACAGAAUUAGAGUCAGGAACUCAAGAAGGGGCAUAUUCCCUCUUGAUUUGAAGUUGAGAGACCUACCUAUGGAUUUCUGAUAAGCCUCGAAUGACUUCCUUGGUGUAUAACUAUGACUUAACUAGGGAGAAGAUAACACAACUUCAAGGCCAGGUUUAGGGCUGUGAUAAAUCACUUAUGGUAUGUUCCUUUCCUUUAGACUAAUGUAAAUUAGUUUAAAUUAACAGGAAUGGCAGAGUCAUGUUUAAGAGGUAUGAAUAAAGGGGGAUAGGGCUGCAAGAAAGUUUGAGGGAUGAUAUAUAAAAGCUUUGGAUGUAUUUCCCCCAGUUUCUCUUCCAUUUUUCUUCAUUUGGUUAAGUCCUUGCCCAGUCAUGGGGUUGGGUACCUCCAGCCCUGCUCAGCUCUGGUCAUGAAGUAGGAUAUUGAAUUUUAGAGCUGGAGUUAGAUGUCCCUACAAAGAGGGUACAUAGGAGAGUGGGUGAUUCUGUACCAUUCCCUGAGAUAGGAACCAUGAUUAUUCUUUCUCUAGUAGGGGAUUAGAAAGAGGCUUCUUAAGACUGUAAAGCAAGUUUGGCAGAUGCUAGAUAAGAGAAUUGUGUUUGUUUACCGCACUGGGUCUGGAUUAUCCAGGCUCUUCAAUCCUAACACCAGUUCUUAGGUAUUCCUAAGUCAUUCUCACUUAUCCCCUACAAAAGUCAUUUUUACCUUUUAAAUACUUUAUCCCAGGAAUUAGGAGUCCAAAGUUAAUAUAAUAUUUAGUGAAAUUUCUUUAGUUUUAUACCAUAAUUUCUCAAUUAUAGUUCUUUCUAGUUUGGCAGUGUGGAUAUUCAUAUGCAUUCCUCAUUCCUGGGUCCUGAAUUGUUAAAAUGGACAGACCUCCAAUCUUUUGACAGCAAUCAGCUUAAGUUCCAAAAUGAGCCUACUAAGGAAAAGAUAAUAUGUUUAUUUUCUCGAAACUGCUAAUUCUAUCAGCAAUUAGAUCUGCAUUUAACUUUUCCCUAAAACAAAAUUGCCGCUGGCCCCACUAUUCUGAGUUGUUAAGGGCCACUGAGUGAAUCUCAGUGGAUUCACCUUUCCUAUUAUAAUGCAAAUCUAUUAAGGGAUUGAAAAUUUAUGUUGUGAGUCUAAACUGUCUAUAUUAAAAAACUAGUUUUUUGUUUGUUUUUUAGGUCUUGUGACAAACUUAUAAUGCUGGGCAUUUUAGGGAUUAUGAAAGUGAGAGAGUAAGUGGGCCAGUAAGAAUGAAUAUCAAUACUGAUACUAAUUAAAUUUUGUAGUGCUUAGAUUAUCCUUCCUUCUCUUAUGUAACAUAAUCGCCAAGAGUAAAGGUGAGACUUGACUUACAUCUUUUCAUGAAUGUGCAGAAUGGAACUCCUUAUGUGACUUUUUUGGAUUUAGAAUUUUGGAUUUAGAAACUAAAGUCUAAAAUGUAAGUCUUUUUGUUUGGCUCUUGAUCAAUGAGACAGAACAUAGACUUUUUUAAAAAAAGAUUUAUUUAUUUAUUUUACAGAAAGUGAGCAUAAGCAGAAGGAGCAGAGGGAGAAGGAGAGAGAAUCUCCAGCAGACUCCAUGAUGAGCAUGGAGCCUGAUGUGGGGCUCGAUCUCACAAUCCUGAGAUCAAAACCUGAGCCAAAACCAAGAGUCAGAUGCUUAACUGACUGCCCCACCCAGGCACCCCCAGAAGAUAGACUGUCUAAGCAGGUUCCAUUAUUUUGCAGUGGGAGGGAAGGAAUAAAAACAUAAAAUGGUCUUCCUUAUAAAUGUCAGUGCAAAAAUCAUUAGCAAAUUAUUAUCAAACAGAAUUUAUGCACUGAAAAAUACAGCACAACCAAGUGGGAUUUAUUCCAGGAAUUCAACCAUAGUUCCAUAUUAGGAAUUCCAUCAGUCUUAAAGCCUGUAUCUUAAUGGGAAAACAUUAGAGGCAUUUUACUAAGUUCAAGGACAAGGCAGGGAUGCUGGAUGCUUAGGACCUCCACUACUAUUUAAAUUGUACUAGAAGUAUUAGCUAAUGUAUUCAGAUAAGGGAAAAUAGAAGAAUAAUAGUUGUAAAUGAAGAAAUGAAACUAUUUCUAUUUGUUGAUGAUAUGGUGGUACAUUUGGACAACCCUAUUCUAUAGGACCAACUUAGACAAUAUAUUAAUAGUCUUGAUUUCACAAAUAUGAUAAUUGGUUAGUAGAAAAAGAAACCUCCAUUGACAACAGAAAUAAAAAGAGAAAUACUUAGAAAUAACAAUUUAACUAGUAAUGUUUAGCAGCCUUUAUGAGAAAAUUUCAGACUCAAAGACAUAAAAAUAGGCUUGAGCAAAUUUAAAGACAUUCCUUAUUAUUGGUUGGUAACUAUCAACAAAAUACACAUAUUAUUCUCCCUAAGUUCAUUUACAAAUUUAAUGUAAUCCAAUAAAAAUGCCCAUUUUUUUGCUUAUUUUUCUUAAAAAAACUUUAUUGUGAGAUAGAGAUUUACAGGAAGUUGCAAAAAUGGUACAGAGAGGUUUACUCAGUUUCCUCCAACAAUUAUAUUUUACAUAAUAUCAAAUUCAGGAAAUUGACAUUGACACCAUUUGUGAGCAUAUCUCUGUGCCAUUUUAUCACGUGCAGAUUUGUGUAAUUACCGCUCCAGUCAGGAUAAGGAACUGUUCUAUCACCACAAAGAUUUCUCUCCUGCUACCCCCUUUAUUCCUACUCAUUCUACCGCCCCAACCCUUAAACACUGGCAAUCACUAAAUUUGUUUUCCAUCUCCAUAGUUUUAUUACCUUGAAAAUGUUAUACAGAUGGAGUUAUAUAGUAUAUAAGUUUACCUCUAUUUCUAGUUCUUUAAGAGUUUUAAAUAAUAAAUAGGAGUUGAAUUUUGUUAAAUUUUGUUAGAAGCCUUUUCUGUAUCAGUUGAUUUUGAUCACGUGAUUUUCUUCUUUAACCUGCUAACAUGGUAGAUUACAUUGAUUUUUGAAUAUUGAGCUAUCUUUGUAUCCUUGGAAUAAAACCCUAUCUGGUCGAGGUGUAUAUUUCUUUUUAUAUAUUGCUGAAUUCUAUUUGCUAACAUUUUGUGAAGAAUUUUCACAUCAGUAUCCAUACAGGAUAUUGGUCUGCAGUUUUCUUUUCCUUUUUGCACUGUCUUUGUCUUAUUUUUGUAUCAAGGUGCUAUUACAGGGAAACCAACGGGGACUGGAGAUUUUUUUGGAGUUGUAAAAAUUAAAUGUUCAAUUUCUUAAAACUUAUUGAGUUAUUCAAAGUAUCUCAUAUUGGUUAGGUGUGGUAGUUUAUGCUUUUCAAAGAAUCAUUCAGUUCAAACAGGUUGUCAAAUUUAUGUGUGUACAGCUGUUUGUAAUAGUCUCUUAUUAUGCUUUUAUACCUGCAGGGUCUGUAGUAGCAUAUUCUUUUAAAUUCCUGAUGUCGGCAAUUUGUAUCUUCUCUCUUUUUUAAAAAAAUCUUAUUUUAUUUAAAUUCAAUUAAAUAACAUAUAGUGUAUUAUUAGUUUCAGAGGUAGAAUUCAAUGAUUCUUCUUUCGUUGUCAGUCUUGCUAGAGGUUUGUUAAUUUUAUUCAUCUUUCAAAGAAUAAUUUUUCUAUUUCUCUGAUUUUUCAACAUUGUGUAUUUUUCAAUUUCUUUGGAAUAUCCUGUAUUUCUUCCUUCUUUUUGCUUAGGGUUUAUAUUGCUCUUUCUUCCUAGUUUCUUACAGUGAGAACUUAUAUUACUAAUUAGAGACUUUUCUUCUCUAACAGAAACAUUUAGUCCCAUGAAUUUCUUUCUUUCCUUUUUUAAGAUUUUAUUCAUUUAUUUGACAGAGAGUGGGAGAGAGAGCAAGAGAAAGCACAAGCCGGGGGAGCACCAGAAAGAGGGAGAAGCAGGCUCCUCACUGAGCAGGGAGCCCAAUGUGGGGCCAGAUCCCAGGAUCCUGGGAUCAUGAUCUGAUCAGAAAGCUGAUCCUUAACCAACUGAGCCACCCAGGUGCCCCUAUAAUUUCUUUUUUAGUACUGUUUUACUUAUGACCCACAAUUAAAAUUUUUUAUUUAAAUUAAACUUAUUUACUUAUUUUUGAAUGCAUUAAGAAUUUAUUUAUCUAUUAUUAUGUUGUUAGCCCCCAUAUGUGCUUAUCACAAUACCUGCCCUCCUUAAUACCUACCACUUGGUUACACCAUCCCUCCAUCCUCUCCCUUCUGUAACUUUCAGCUUGGUUUCCAGAGUCCAGAAUCUCUUAUGGUUUUUCUCCCUCUCUGAUUUCUUUGCAAUCAGUUUCUUCUCCCUUCCCCUGUGGUCCUCUGCACCAUUCCUUAUGUUCCACAUAUGAAUAAAUCCAUAUGAUAAUUGUCUUUCUCUACUUGAUUUGUUUCACUUAACAUAAUCCCCUCCAGUUCCAUCCAUGUUGAUGCAAAUGGUAGGUAUUCAUCCUGAUGGCUGAAUAAUAUUCCUUUGUAUGUAUGAAACACAUCUUUAUCCAUUCAUCUGUUGAAGGAGAUCAUGAAUCCUUCCACAGUUUGGGUACUGCGGAUACUGCUGUAUGAACAUUAGGGUGCAUGUGCCCCUUCUUUUCACUAUGUCUGUAUCUUUGGGGUAAAUACUAGUAGUGCAAUUGCUGAGUCAUAGGGCAGCUCUAUGUUUUACAUCUAGAGGAAACUCCAUACUGUUUUCCACAGUGGCUGUAACAGCUUGCAUUCCCACCAACAGUGUAAAAGGGUUCCCCUUUCUCUACAUUCUUGCCAACCCUUGUUUCCUGUCUUGUUAAUUUUUGCCAUUCUAAUUGUUAUAAGGUGGUAUCUCAUUGUGGUUUUGAUUUGUAUUUCCCUGAUGGCUAAUGGCAUUGAACCCUUUUCAUGUAUCUGUUAGCCAUUUGUAUGUCUCCUUUGUCUGUUAAUGUCUUCUGCCCAUUUCUUGAUUGGAUUAUUUGUUUUUUGGGUGUAGAGUUUGAGGAGUUCUUUAUAGAUCUUGGAUACCAGUCUUUAUCUGUAAUGCAAAUAUCUUCUCCCAUUCCGUGGGUUGCUUCUUUGUUUUAUUAACUGUUUCCUUUGCUGUGCAGAGCUUUUUAUCUUAAAGUACCAAUAGUUCAUUUCUGCUUUUGUUUCCCUUGCCUUUAAAGACAUAUCUUGAAAGAAGUUGCUGUGGCUGAUGUUAAAGAGGUUACUGUUCAUGCUCUUCUCUAGCAUUUUGAUGGAUUCCUGUUUUACAUUAAGGUCUUUCAUUCAUUUUGUGUUUAUCUUUGUGUAUGGUGUAAUUAUAUGUUGAAUCCAGUUUCAUUCUUCUGCAUAUGGCUAACCAAGGCUCCCAACACCAUUUAUUGAAGGGACUGUCUUUUUUUCAUUGGAUAUUCUUUCCUGCUUUAUCAAAGUUUAGUUGACCAUAGACAUGAGGGUCUAUUUCUGGGUUCUCUAUUCUGUUCCAUUGAUCUAUGUGUCUGUUUUUGUGCCAGAACCGCACUAUCUUGAUGAUUACAGCUUUGAAGUCAGGCAUCAUCAUGUCCCCAGUUUUUGGCUUUCUUUUUCCCUGGUGAUUCAGGGUCUUUUCUGGUUCCAUACAAUUAGAGAAUUGUUUGUUCCAGCUCUGUGAAAAAUGUUGAUGGUAUUUUGGUAGGGAUUGCAUUGAAAGUGUAGAUUGCUCUGGGCAGCAUAGACAUUUUCACAGUGAUUAUUUUUCCAGUCCAUGAGCAUGGAAUGUUUUUCCAUGUCUUUGUUUCUUCCUCAUUUUCUUUCCUAAGUGUUCUGUAGUUUCUAGAGUAUAGAUCUUUUACCUCUUUGAUUAGGUUUAUUCCUAGGUAUCCUGUGGUUUUUGGUGCUAUUAUAAAUGGAAAUGAUUCCUUAAUUUCUCUUUCUUCAGUCAUACUGUUAGUGUAUAGAAAUGCAACUGAUUUCAGUGCAUUAGUUUUGUAUUCUGCCACACUGCUGAUUUGCUGCAUGAACUCUAGUAAUUCAGGAGUGGAGUCUUUGGGUUUUUCACAUAAAGUAUCAUAUCAUCUAUGGAGAGAGAGAGUUUGAUUUCUUCUUUGCCAAUUUGAGUGCCUUUUAUUUCUUUUUGUUGUCUGAUUGCUGAGGCUAGGAAUUCUAGUACUAUGUUGAACAACUGUGGUGAGAAUAAGCAUUCCUGUCAUGUUCCUGACCUUAAGGGAAAAGGUCCCAUGUUUUCUCCAUUGAGAAUGAUAUGUGCAGUGGGCUUUACAUAGAUGACUUUAUGAUGUUGAGGUGUGUUCCCUCUAUCCCUGUAUUUUAAAGAGUUUUAAGCAGGAAAGGAUGUUGUAUUUGUGAAAUGCUUUUUCCUGCAUUGAAAAAAGCAUUGAGGAUGCUUUUUCAGUUGAGAGAAUCAAACGGUUCUUGUCUUUUUUUUUUGUUAAUGUGAUUUAUUAUGUUGAUUGAUUUGCAAAUGCUGAAUCAUCCUUGCAUCCCAGUAAUAAAUCCCACCAGGUCGUGGUGAAUAAUCCUUUGA